UCGCAACACGGCAAGAUCACAUCGGCCCCGACUCGCGUAAGACUUCAACGCCAUGGCAUGGCUAUCGCGACUACCAAAGCGAAGAGUCGUUUCAGGCUUGGACUUGGAUGAGGACGACCUGCCUGCUACCUCGGCCUCUGGGCUCUGCCCAAAGAGAGACUCGAGGCCCUCAGUGGCAUCGAGACACCGGAGGGUCAUUGAGGAGGAGACUGUGGCCAGGACCCGUGCAUUGCCGGCGGCUGUGCCACCAAGCGAAGGACCUCUCCCUGAGGAGAGGCCAGAAAGGCCAGCCACCAGGCAACCGCCCAGAGUGGAGAGUGCACCACGCAGGCGGAGGAAUUCCUCUGAGCUGUCGAUCUCUGAGGAAAGUGGCCGCUUGGCCUUUCCAGACAGGCCACCAGCACUUGAGCCCACAGAGGCUGUUGGGACACGCAGACGACUACGGCAGUCAAUUUCCGAGGAAAGCCUCAUCCUUGAAAGCCUCAUAGUUGCUGAGAGGCCAACAGCACUUGAGUCCACAGCAGAGCCUGGUAGAUUACCAGCAGCUGUGCCACAAAGUGAAGGACUUCUCCCUGAGGAGAGGCCAGAAAGGCCAGCCACCAGGCAACCGCCCAGGGUGGAGAGUGCACCACGCAGGCGGAGGAAUUCCUCUGAGCUGUCGAUCUCUGAGGAUCAGCCAGCAUCCCGGAAUCCUGAGAGUGCGGCAGCACCGACGCCCUGUCGGCGACGGUGGACCCGCCGGGUCAAGCGCAGGCAAGCAGCGCGCGAAGCCACAGAGGAGGCGGAACACCUCAUCGAUGUCAUCGGUCUUUCCGAGAGGCCACAAGAGGACGAAUCAGCACCCCGACGAAUGGCUGCGUCAACCUCUCAGGAACCCAGCAGUUCGUGGCGGUCAGCGGCAGCUGAGACCAUUGAGAUUCCAGAUACUCAGCCAGAUCCACAUGAACUGCACGAGAUCUCUGAGUCGGAGGAUUGGAGUCCAGCUGGCCUCGGCAGAGCCGUGCGGCUUCCCCCGCCGAUGCUGUGGCCUUCGGCGUUGCGGGAACAGCCACUGCCGUGGCGGAAUGAAGUGGCCUUGGCUGCACGUGCCGCAACAGCGCGGAUGCCGGCACGCCAGGGUCAACCAAUACCCAGCCACGACUUGGCUUUUGCCCAGCUUAUUCAGAUGCAGAUGAUGCAGGAGGUAAGCUUUGAUUUGCGCCGGGAGAGUGAGCGACUCUUUGACCACUUGACCACCGUGACGCGAAACAUCAUGUCACGCCAGGGUUUACCGGAUGCAAUUCCGGAACUACGCCAACCGUGGGGUGGGCAAAGGGGAGGUGCAGCACAGAUGCGACGCGGCUUGGAGGCUCGUGAGCCUCAAGCAGUGCCACCACUCGGGGAAUGCGGACCCUGUUGGUCCCAUCCACAAUUAAUAAUCAAUUGUGGAUUAUAG